UGUUGGCAAUUCGAAGAGCGUUGGCACCUGACUCUGAUCAACAAGUGGCAAGUGGAAAGUAGAACGUCCUGGGACUCUGUGUAGUGUUCGGUUUCUGAAAAGUUCUCUAAAAGUUCCCAAAGAAAAUUUCGAAAGUAAAUUAUAACUGACGUCGGACAAUUUGCGUGCAGCUUGCGAAAUAAAUUUUAUUGAAAAAUGUGGUACAGCAAGUGCAGUUGGACUUUGGUAGUGUUGGUGGCGCUCUUUGCUCUCGUGACAGGUUCCUGCCUGGAAUACGGACAUUCCUGCUGGGGAGCUCAUGGCAAGCGAUCCGGUGGGAAGGCGGUCAUAGAUGCUAAGCAGCAUCCCUUGCCCAAUUCAUAUGCGUUGGAUAGCGUGGUGGAUCAACUGUACAACAACCAGAACAACCAGGAUGAGGACACCAACGAUGAGGAGAGCAAUGCCAUCACGAAUACGAAUGGGGCCAACAACAUACCCGUGGCAGCUCCAGCCAUUCUAAGUCGUCGAGAGUCGGAGGAUCGGAGAAUCGGAGGCCUGAAGUGGGCGCAGCUGAUGCGGCAGCACCGCUUCCAACUGCGCCAGUUGCAGGAUCAGCAGCAGCAGGGGCGUGGCAGGGGCAGGCAGUACGAUGCGGCAGCCGAGAGUUGGCGGAAACUGCAGCAGGCUCUGCAGGCUCAGAUCGAUGCGGACAAUGAGAACUCGGGCUACGAGCUCACGAAGUGAACUUUGCGAACCCAAUUGCCAAAUUGAAAUUAUGCAGAUAACACGCCAGCUAAGCCAGAAGAACAGAUGGAAAAGCGAAAUGAAAAGAUAUUUAUCACACGCGAUCGUUGCAUGCCGGGCAUCAAUUAAC